GUGCCCUGUGAGAGCAGGGGCCGGACCGAACGAACGAACGAGAGAACUUUUACUCCACUAUAUAUCCUGCUGAACGCGCGUUCGUGUGAAACAACGGCCUCGCAUCGCUCGCUCGCUCGCGUGAAACGAAUGACCGUCUGUCCGAAUGUCCGUCCCGUGUCUUCUCACCCGGUGUCGUGGUCCCGAUCUCGCGUCGUCCCGUCGGUGUCACCCGUGCCAGCUGUUUUCAUGACGUGCCGCGAACCGUACCGUGUUUUCGCGACCAGAGGAAGCGCUGCCGCGGAUCGCCGCUGAUGAUCUCGCGCCUCCCUCGUUUGAACGUCCAGCGGGAACUCGGGAUUUUGAAGUGCGCGAUGACGUCUCUCGUUGAUGAAUAAUCGUGUGCUCGCUGGAGGAGAGAAAAACGUGCGUCAUGAGGUCGGUCACGACCGACCAGGACUUGGGCGCAGCCUGAUGUCUCGUUACUCCGUUUAACGUCGCGCAACUCAUAGACCUAGUGAAGGAAAGCAAGGGAGAGCGAAAGAGAGAAAGAGAGAAAGAGAGAAAGAGAGAGAGCGAGAGAGAGAGAAAGAGAAAAAGAGUGCAGUGUGUGCAGGUACGAGAUCGGGCUGCGUUUCGCGAGAAAAGGGAGAAGACAGCUUCAUUCACGUUCAUCAACGUCCGUAAACUCUAGACAUGUCAGCGUACGCGCAAUUUGGAUACUCGUAUCCGUCGGCGUCCCAGCUCCUGGUGAGCGGCGGACAACCGACGACGGCGACCUCGCCGGCCAUGUCGUCGGGGAGUGCGUUGAGCCCGGGGGGCCUGUCACCCUCGUCGACGGCGACCACGACGACGGGGAUCGGGCCCGCGGGCACCGGUGGCGCCACGACCCCCGUCGGGGGCGCAGCCACCGGGCCCGGUUGCUGCGAGAACGGCAGGCCCAUGAUGACGGACCCGAUGACGGGCCAGACGGUAUGCAGCUGUCAGUACGACAGCGCCGCGAGGCUGGCGUUGGGCGCUUACCCCCGGCUAGGGCCCACCGCGACCUCCUACUCCUCCUACCCCACGCCGACGCCCUCGACCACCGAUCAGGGACCCUACCCCAGUAUUGGAAUGGACAGCUCCGCGUUCUACCCGCCGCUGGGUAAUCCGUACGGGCUGAAGGACGCGACGGGGAUGGGCAUGACGGCGGACAUGGGUGCCGCGUGGGGUACGGCCGCCCUUCAACCUGCCGCCACGGGUUACUACCCUUACGAUCCAACCCUGGCCGCCUACGGGUACAGCGCCGGUUACGAUCUGGCCGCGCGACGGAAGAAUGCCACGAGAGAAUCGACGGCGACCUUGAAGGCUUGGCUGAACGAGCACAAGAAGAACCCGUAUCCGACGAAAGGCGAGAAGAUUAUGCUGGCUAUCAUCACGAAGAUGACGCUGACUCAGGUCUCCACUUGGUUCGCAAAUGCGCGGAGACGUCUCAAAAAGGAGAACAAGAUGACGUGGGAACCCAAAAACAAGACGGACGACGACGACGACGCGGUGCUCUCCGAUUCCGAGGAUAAUAAGGAAAAGGAUGAUCUCGCGGCGGACAACAGGGGCGACCGAGUCGGUGAAGAUGCGAGACGGGGCCUCGAUGACACCGAGCCGAUGAGGCAUGUGAAAGCAGAGCUCCUGCAGCACGAUAAGGAUCUCGAUGAUGAAGACGACCUGGAACUUGAGGACGAUCGUCGACGGAACGAGCAUCCGUUUCAUCACGCGAUGCAACAUCACCACCAUCACCAUCAAGGCUUCGGCGGCGAGGAUCAUUUAAAGGAUGAAAACAUCAAACCGGACUGUAGCGCGGGCGGCGUGCCUAUCCCGGCAACGAAACCAAAAAUCUGGUCCUUAGCCGACACGGCGGCGUGCAAGACACCGCCGCCGCCCUCGCAUCCCCAUCAUCAGCAGUAUCAUCAUCAGCAUCAUCAGCAGCACUACCCGCAACAGAACCAAUAUCACAUGCCUCGUCAAGAUAUGAUCCAGACUGACACGCGACAUUCGUGGCUCGGUACGGCAAGCAUGGUGGGUGGAGGCGGCGGUGCCGGAGGUGGCGCCGGAGGUGGCGGCAACUUGGGGAGCUCGUUCGCUCUACCCUCCUCGGCCGGGAUGAGCCCGUCGGCGGCGGCGACGGCGCCCUUCACAGGCAUGACCGCGAGAUACGGCGGUCUGCUCUCGUCCUCGUCCGGCAGUCAGCUCCAUUACAAUCCCAACUCGUCGUCGGGCUCCAGCUCGAGCGCGUCCUCCUCGGCGGCAGCUGCGGCGGGGUUUCCCGAGGUUGGCACGGACACUCCACCUCAGACGCCGCCCAACAUGAAGGUGGCCACGCCGAACGGAGUAAUCCAGGGCCCUCCGGGUGGUUACUGUCCUGGUGGCAACGCGACCGGAGCCGCGACUAACGGCAAUCCCAACAAUCCCUAUGGCGCGGCGAUUCAUCCCGGCGGCGGGGGUUAUCUGUCGACGAGUUCGGGCUCGGCCAGUAGCGCGUCGUCCUUCAGCUCUCGGCUGCAGAGCUCGCCGGUCGGACAGAAUUCCAUUCUCCAUCAGCAUCAAACCACUGCCAGUUUGCCGCCCACGGAGGCCAGCACCGCGUUCAAACCGUUUUACAAAAGCUCGCAAUCAAUGGGUAACGGCUACGUGUCGCCGGUUUAAGAGAGCUGGCAGCGAAGGUCCAGAACGCGACAUAGUCUUUCUUGAGGAUAAAGCGGCGCCGUUGAGGAAAAGGGUCCUGCGAGGAAGUUCCGCGGCCGGACUGUAAAUACACGCGCUCCCGAGAGAGUAGAGUAUAGUCUCGGGGGAUUUAUUAGCGUCUCUCGACCUCGCGAGAGAGAAAGAAGCGCGAAGCGAGUAUAGACACAUACAUGUACACACACAUUCACACAGGAAGGAAGGAAGGAAGGUGCUCGACUCUUCGAGAUACAUAAAUCUCGUUCCCCGACCUCUCUGGAAACGCGCGACUAGGAAAAGACAUACGAGGGAGAGCAGCGGAAGACGGGAGAGGAACGGAGGAUACAGAAGCGCGCCUGGCGAGGGAGGAAGCGGCUUAGAGGAGAUUUAGGAAUUAGGAGAAUUACGUCAAAGUGCCUGCUUACGCACGGCUACGUACGGCGAAGCGACACCGCAGCCGGGUAAGAAGAAAGUAUAGGGAUACGCGCGUCGGAUUUAAGAGAGAGAGUCCGACGUGCGAGAGAUCUCUUCCCUCUUUGCUGCGAGAGCAGAAGCGCCGCCAUACUUUCGAUCGGUACCGGCCGACUGAUCUGGUUGACGAGAGGUUAAGGAAUCCGGGGGAGGAAUGUGCUUUCUUAAAUGGAAUCGGUGCCUUAUUGUUUAUUCAGCCACAAAUAGAGGUGACAUUUCACUGACAUUGAGACAAAUAAUAGUUGCUUUUAAGAACAAUUAUUAAGGUAAGAAUUACCGAAAACUGAAUAUUUUACAAUUUAUGUCAGAAAUUUGUUUAACUUCAAACCUUAAUAACUCAAAAAGUACUUAAGAAAAAAAUAUUUUAUUACAGUGCUUUGAAAAGUUCUCGAAAUAAGCUACAGGAAUAUGCAUUGAAAUAGUAGUUCCAUGAAGGAAAUUGAAGGUGACCUUCAUGUGACCUUCAAAGGACUAUCUAAGAUCAAAUCUUUGUUACUAUCUUAUUAAUAUUAUAUUUUCUAUUCUUGUUGCUACUUAAAAUCUUGUCACAUCUGUUUUAAUCAGUGACAUUUCCACUGAUCUAUUUUAAGAAAGCAAUGACGACACUUCCGUCAAGUCAAUCAGGUCGGCUGGUCAACGAACGACCUUUCCGCGAUCAUCCUCGACGUUUAUUGGUGCAUCGUUUUUUCACAUAUUCGCACGCACACACAUACACACGUGCGUUUACCAGAUACAUGUAUAAUUACAAAUUUUUAUUUUUUUUUUAAUUAAUGUUUCAGCGUCUUCUACGAAGACGAAUUCUUGGAGUUGUCGAUUCUGUAAAUAAAGGAUAUACAUAUAUACAUCUUUGAUGGAAAGGCGGAUCGUUUCGCGGAAAUAAUGCAUUUUUUCACACGGGCAACGUGCAAAGUAGCACUUUUUUCUCAUUACGAAGUUGCAUCUAACAGUAUAUAUAUUUCUUAAAACGAUCGUCGCAUCACGAAAUCCCUCAUAAUUCAGCCAAGAGAUUUCGACGAAGUUUCUAUCACAUUAUAGUUGCGCGAUAUCGUCGAAAGAGAAAAAAAGGAGGAAGUUGAUCUACCUGUUGUAGGCUUAAGGCAAAGAAUAAAUAAAUAAAUAAAUAAAAAGGAAAGACAGAUUAUAUACAUUACAAAGCUCUACUCUAUCGUUAAACUUACCACUAACUCCUUCAAUUAUCCGAAUGAAAUAUUAACAUAUACCUACCCGAAUACCCGCAUAUAUAGAGAGACGGAAUGAUAAAUAAUACACCUACGCAUUACACACACGAUGACACGCGCAAGUAUCUUUAGGCCGUAGAUCUUAAGGCUGUAUCUACCACAUCAGGAAAUUUUAUCCGCGUCUCGUAGUCCAGUAAAUUAAACUUGAAAAGAGCGAAACUUCAAAACAAUUAUAAUCAAGCUGAAUUUUUGUGGAGAUCUUUAUUUCGAUGUUUUAAUAAAAUCCUGAAAAGUAUCCUUAAUUUUAGCUAAGACGUUUUUUAUGGAGGGUAAAAGGAGGUAAAUUUUAGUUCUUUUGCCAUUAUCUCGAAAACUAUCAAUUUUUCGAGAAAAAUUAUUAUUA